AAGACAAUGUUAUUAGUAAUAGUACGAAUGCUGAUUGCAAUGAUGGCCUUUUACAUCGGCUAACUGUACGUCACUUCGUCUAAUUUUUCUUGGAGUGAAUCGAUUUAAACCGAAACAAUCGGAAUAGUUUGCGCUCUUCAAGCUGUUUUCGAAUCUUCGAAAUCGUUUAACGUUAUCCCUCCCUGUGCAGUCGUUGUUCUGAGAAGGCACGACUGUUUUCGUGUGGAUGGGGUUGCGAAGAAAAGCCACAACGUUAUGGUUUCGUAAAAACGGUAGACUUAGACGGAUAAAACUUGUAAAACAAAUAUACAUAACGAGAGAUGGUGUGUCUGUUGCGCCUCCUCCUGAUGCUAAGCCAGUAUCAGGAGAGGUCGCCAGACUGCCGUCACGAGGGGCCUCUCAGCGGGAAUUUUGAAUGCAGGCGAUGCAACCCCCAACCUCAGUUGACCGCGAUAAAUAGAAAAAUUCCAAACAGUGAACAACCUCACGAUUGGCAGCGGCAGCUGCACCAUUAUCGGAUUAUUGUAUAGCACGAGAGUAACAUGACAGUUGUCUGCGUUUGGGGUCACGGAAUAACAGUGACGACAGGCGUUGCCGAAGCCACGUCGGCCGAUUUAGCCCUACCCAUCCCUCCACUACUCCGAACAGAAUCCCUAAUAACAGAACAAGAUCUGUCAUCAAACAACAAGCAGCAGUGAAAUCAUCAUCAUCAAGCAGCAACAACAACAACGACAAAAGCAGUGGCAGCGCUAACAAAGCUAGGACGAGCCACAACGCAUACAAGGAUAGUAAUUUUAGCACCAACCAUAAAUACCGCGACGACAAAAGGACGCGGUGGGAUGGCAGGAAAGUAGCGAUGAUAAUCGUGGCCAAGAUACUACGCUCGUUAUCCAUAACAGGGAGGUCAGACUUGUUUAUGAGCAACGUAGAGUGCGGUGCUGCUAUGUGCGUAAGGACACCAAGAGAACAGCCGUGUCGUAGGCUGAGACCGAGCGGAGUAGGGGCCGUUAACAGCUCAUCAACGGACCAUGAGCGUCAUCAACGGGUGCUUCAAACCAGAAUCGGCUGAAGGCUACGCAAGGGCUAUUUACGCCCUGAGGGAAACUUCGAAGGCAGGAAGGCUUCAAAUACCAAUUAUCAUGAAGACAGGGUGCACGGCUGAGAGAGCAACGCCGACGUUUCUAUUUUUCAACAGUAUGUACAAAUGUAGGCUACAAUGCAAUCGGCAUCUUUAACUGCUUCGAAACAGUAAACAGUGAUUACGUUUAACUCCUUUCAUGUUAUAAAAGAGCCAGUAAAAAAGCUGGCAGAAAGGCGAAUCAAUCAGUUAGACUGCUGCCAAAGGAGACAACCGUUGCGAUAAGAAGUUGUAGAAAGUAGAGACGAUGCCAAACGCCAUUUGAAGAGACGUAAUAGCUCUUCAAGAUAAAAGGUACAUUUAUAUCUUCAGCACUGUAGAACUUCACCAGCUCCACGGCAAAGUCGCUCUAAAACUGCUUGUUGAAUUCGUACAGUAUCGAAUAUUGGCUAAAUACUUGAAGUAUCAAAGGCUGGGCUUCAUAGACAGACACACCGGCAACGCAAAGACACAGUUAUAAUUUGUCUCAACGAUCGUAUUGACAUGCGUUGCGAGGUCGAGAUAAGGGCCUUCUUGACACACUGCUCGUUAUAUAGCUAGAUAAUCGAUAGCGAGUGAUAAUGAAAUGAAAACUAAUAGUUAUGGACAACAUAAAGGCCCUUACAUGGAGGGAUUCUUCAGGGCUUUUUCUAGGCUAAGCGGGUGAAUAAAUAGGCGAACAAACAGAUAGAACGAAAGCAAGAAAGAAAAUUAAAGAUCAGGCAUCGUAGAAAUCACGAUACUUCAAAUGUUUACCAUCGGAGUGAAUAGUUUUGUAGUUCAACGCAGACAGCACGUUUUGACGUUACUGAAUAACCGCUGGCCAUUGAGCGACCGCGAUUGUGGACACCGUCGCAGCGGGCAGUCACGGAAUUUUCUGUUUCGUAUUCAUCCUCAAACAAAGUGCUGUGCAUCGCCUGGGAAACUGAAAAAUCCAAACCGCUAAACGGAAGCCUAUUCCCUAUCUAUCGAACGCGAAGAACAUGUCUUGAUCUUCUGUGUUCUUCAUCUCCUCGUCGGGUCUCGUGAGCUCUCACAUGCUGAACACGCCCCAGUCAGCAAAGUCUAUUUUUUUAAAACAAAUACUUUGUUCUUUGUACUGAUGGCAUUUUCGCGAUGCGCGCAACGCGAUAUACACUCACGAGUAUAAAGUAAAACAGAAAGACACCCAACGUGAAGUUCGCAGCGAACAACGGACACCGAAUAUACCCGAUGAAGGACAACAGCAACAACAACAAUAUGACAGCAAGCAAACGCCUAAAAUAAAGGACGCAAAGCCCGAAAAAACAGUGAGUUCGCUUAUAUUGUUGUCUAGUCAUCGUUGGACAAUGCCGCGGAGGUGCUCAAGCGCCCAAAGCACGAAGGACGAUUGAGAGCUCUUCAGACAGGUGACACAGUCAGUUAUCGAGACGAGGAGAUAGUGCAGACGCCAUUGCCUUCUCGAGCCAAAUAUCCACUGCUAAUACGAUUCCCAGAGGCAACAAUGCUUAGCUCAUGUAGACAAAACGGGACAUCGUGUGUCUCCGCGAAAGCCAGAGGAAAGAGAUUACGGGACAAUUAUCACAUCGCUUUUGAUCAGGUAAUGUCGAAACGCGAAGAGCAAGACAAGAAAUGGAGUCAACGAUGAUGUUUCUACAGGUAAACGAGAUCCAAUGUAAUGUUUAGAUUUGCUUCUUGUGCCUAUCCCUGUUGAUCCUGUACGCAUCAUGUUUCAGCUUUCGUAGAUCUACUUUUUGUAACCUACUGUUGUUCUGCGGCUAGGUGAAACUAUGGGGUAGCAGCCUUAUUACGAGUCAAAGGAAGGCUUCACUGCAAGUCUCGCUUGCUCGUUCCGGGUUCGUAUCACUAUUGCUCGUGAUGUAGUUGAGUUCGCCAAAAUCUACCUGCCCCCCGAUUCACAGCCAUGCGUAUCAAGCUUCUCUGUUACAUCAACAGAACGAAAGAAGGAAAAACACACCCUGGACGACUCGAGAAACAGAUGUCUGGGGCGUCCAGUCGAUCGCGUCGCUGCACUACCGUUGGCAGCGUCAAUCGCAGCGGCGGAAAAACAAACUAGCAGAAGCAGCCGACAUCUACUAAAAUGUUGGUCGUUCCGUUCAUGCGAUCUCUUUGCACCCAUUCACAUACCCGUCUGCAGCCAACUGUCUGCACCUUUACGUGAGCAUCGAAUUAAGGGGCCGGUACGCGACUGAAUUGUAUUGUGCUUUCGUCGACAAAAUUGCGAUUGAGCCUGAAACCAAUUUAGCACGCGAGUUCAGCGGCUGGGGCACGUCCCAACUACACAACAAAAGCUUUCAUUCGCAGGCCUACUUUCAGGACUAACAAUGGCCCCCACCACUCGAUCUAAAGCUUCUCUCAAAACCAUACUGUUCUCUCCAGCCAAGCUGAUCCGUAAGAAGCUACGUACCAACGUAAAACUACAGACAAACAGUCGUCUGUUCCUUGCAUCUACUACCGAUGAGCUUUCGUGCACGCACAACGUGAGCGACACAUGCACGACGUCAGAGGAACGUGAACUACGCGACCUCUGUAUAGAGGACGCAGCGUCCUAUUCCGAACUAGCGGAAAUUAACGGGCAGGAAAUUCAUCGUCUUCUAUCAAACUGCGAAAGUAUUUGGACGGUUCUCUGGCGUGGUCCCUUGGCUCGUGGUGGCGCCCUAACCUCAUCUCAACGGAACGCGCAUAAAAGUUUUCAUGAAAAUCUUUUACUUAAACUCAAAGCGACUAACACAGAAAUGAUGGAAGUACUAUGGAGAAAACCUAGGAUGUCGUGUCGACAGCACCUGGAUAUAGGUGAAACUCGCCGGCAGAUCAACAACAUGCACUCGAUAACGACGCUUCUGUUCGAAGAACUGCUAAAAUACAUUGAGAGGUGCCCCAGUCCGGUCAACGUAUAUGGGACGCGCUGCAAUCUGACCACACGGGAACGUCUUACGGAAGCCAACUGCCGUCUCGACCAGGCGAAAGAAAAAUUACGAAAGAUCUGUGUACGAGAUGGGCAACGUUUGGAGACGCAGUUCCAUCAGUUCAUCGCCAGCUGCGACGCUUUAAAUGAAUUCCUGUCUGGUAUAAGUCCUGGCAACUCGCUUGUGUUGAACAUGGAAGAAUAAUCGCCCUAGACAGAUUGUGAUACAUCUAUGAUCUUACGCGACGCCGUUCCAACAAAAGUAGUAAGGCGCACAAGGUUCCGUUCCGGUGAAGGCUGAACCACAAAUAAAGCGUGCAUAAAGAAAUUCAUUGAGGACUGGAUUAGAACACGAAUAGCUUUAAAAAAAAGGUGCGAACGAGAUUAGAACGUUAGCAGCAAAGGUGUUUUGUACUGGCCCACAAAUAAAGAUCGCCAUUAUUUAGAAUAGCGUGUGUGAAGCAUCCUAAAAGGAAGUAUGACAUGGCUUUAUUUACUAUAAUUAACCAAAGUUAUUUUUAUUAAAGCUUAUUUUUGCGACUAACAUGAACACUCCUUUUUGUUAAGUCAGCUUCGACUCCUCUCAUCGUUUAUCCAUCUAACAUUCAUUUAAUUUUGACCGUGAUAUAUAUAUAUAUAUAUAUAUGUAUAUACUUUUAAAAUUUGUAGAUUAUAUAUAAGUUCGUCAUGAUACAAAGCAAUGUCGAUGCGAUUAUGUCUAUUUGGGUAUUUUUUAUUUUCGGAAAAUUCAGCUGUUUUUCUUUGUCGACAUCUAUUGUUAUAUAGAAUUUAUUCUAUAUAUAUAUUUACAUGGAUACGGCUUACUAUAGACAGAAGACAUCAUACAUUUCCAUAGAAUAUUAAAAAACAAAUUUAUAAGGCGAUUCGACGAAAUAAUGCACUGUGCAUAAGAGGUUAAUUUGCACAAAUGAAUAAUAUGAGGGAUGUAUACACUAAUGUGGUGUGAAAUGUUUGUUUCAAGCACUAAAAAUGCAAGAAACAUGUGUGGAGAAACACUAUAUAGUGUUUCAGCAUGAGGGACAUACGUACAACGCGCGAAUCAUGAGUAUCGCCGCGUACGGUGUCCUCAGUUCUCACACACAUGUAAUUGUUUGCUAUCUAAACUAUUAUAGAUACGCUCCGUAAUUAGUCACAAGUCAAUAAUGAGAGUUUCAAAACCCUACCAGAUGAGUAAAGGCCGUUGAAGAACGUUUGGAGCCUUGCGUAGUGCUAUUUAGUAAUAAUAAUAAUGAGAGAAAUACACCCUUAAGGAUUGUGAGAUAAAGAAGGCAUUGUUCUGAAACAAA